AUGUCUGCCAUUCAACAAGCAUCAUCUGGUACCCAGGGCCAGUCUAGGGUUAGCUUCUCUCACCUCCCUCCCCAGGUACGGGAAAUGGUGUACCGCUACGCUCUUGUACGCGACGAACCCAUCAAGAAUGACGAGUGGCCACUUGCAGUUUUGAUGCCUCCCGCUCUCGCGCAACUCAACAAGGAGACCCGCCGCGAAGUCAUCGAGAUUUACUUUGGCGAGAACACAUUUCACCUCCACCUCAGGGCCAGCGACUUCGACCGCUGGAGCAAGUUCAUCGGCUUUCCUCAUCUCUACAAUACGUUCCAUGGCCUCCAGAAAAUUGAGAAGGUUCAGUUGGAGAUGGGACCGUCGGUCUACUUCAGCAAGCACACGAACCCCCUCAUGCCUCCUCCUUUCGACUCUCAGGAUAGGGCGGCAGUUGUCAACAGGAUUGAUGAUCUUUGGGUACGCCUCCUUCUGGCUCCAGCUCGGGGGAUGCCAAAGCCGAUCGGUCCUCGCAACCAUCUUUUGUCCAGGAAUAUGAUGGCAGAUUACUGUGCCAAGGUUCUCUUCCGAAUCCUGGGCCAGUACUGUCCAGAGCUUCUGGAGGAGGUGACUGACUGGAUGCAUGAGGAGCCUGAGGGAUGGUAA